AUGAGAGGAAGAAAAAGGGAAAGGCAUCAGAUUCAGAAAGCACUUACAGCUGAAAAAGGCUCGCCCACAAUCCAAGAUUGGUAUCAACUACAGCCGCAUAGAAACUUAGCUAUUCAGUCAUGGGGUGCUAAAAUAUCUGAGAGAAGACAGGAAGAGGUAGCAAUCGUUGAUGGUGACUGA